GCCAUCACCUUUUUUCGAGUUUACAAGUCAAGAAAGAAACUUCUCCGACGAACAAGACACUCGAUCAGAAUCAUGGAGGCCAUCAGACAAACUUUCCAGCGCUGCAAGUCGCAGAACAGGUCUGCGCUGGUAUCAUAUGUCACUGCUGGUUAUCCCAAGCCUGAGGAUACUCCCGAUAUCCUCCUGGCUUUGGAAAAGGGUGGUGCCGAUGUUCUCGAGCUCGGUGCACCCUUUACCGACCCAAUUGCCGACGGCCCGACCAUUCAGACUGCCAACACGAUUGCUCUUGACAAUGGCGUCACGAUCGAGUCCACCCUCGGCAUGGUCAAGGCGGCCCGAGACCGCGGCCUGAAGGCUCCUGUCCUGCUCAUGGGUUACUACAACCCCCUUCUCAGCUACGGUGAGGAGCGACUCCUCGAGGAUUGCAAGACUUCUGGUGUCAAUGGCUUCAUCGUCGUCGAUUUGCCUCCCGAGGAGGCCAUCUCCUUCCGAAAGCUCUGCAACAAGGGCCACCUUUCUUACGUCCCCCUCAUCGCUCCCGCUACUUCUGAUACCCGAAUGAAGAUUCUCUGCCAACUGGCCGACUCCUUCAUCUAUGUCGUCUCAAGAAUGGGUGUUACUGGCGCCACCGGAACUCUCAACGCAAACCUCCCCGCUCUUCUGGAGCGAGUUAAGAAGUACAGCGGCAACAAGCCCGCCGCUGUUGGAUUCGGUGUCAGCACCCGUGAACACUUCCUGAGCGUCGCUACCCUUGCCGAUGGUGUCGUCGUUGGCAGUCAGAUUAUCACAACUAUCAAGAACGCCGAGCCUGGUCAGGCUCUUGCCGACAUUGAGAAGUACUGCGCCUACCUGUCAGGUCGUGACUCGGAGGAGAACACCCGGGAGGUUGGCCUCGUUGAGGCUGUCGCCGGAGCCAAGGAGCCUAGCGGAGACAAUGUCACUGUCGAGGCAACUGUGACGGAUAACGAUAUCAGUGCUGAGGAGGAUAGCGCCCUGGUUGCUCAGCUCGCCGCUCUGCACGGCAAGAUUCCUGAGCGAUUCGGCGAGUUCGGUGGUCAGUACGUUCCCGAGAGCUUGAUGGACUGCCUGUCACAACUGGAGGACGGAUUCAACGCCAUCAAGGACGACCCUGCUUUCUGGGAGGAGUACCGAUCUUACUACGAGUACAUGGGACGACCCGGCCAUCUGCAUCUGGCUGAUCGUCUGACUGAGCAUGCUGGCGGCGCCAACAUCUGGCUCAAGCGUGAGGAUCUGAACCACACUGGUAGCCACAAGAUCAACAACGCCCUGGGACAGCUCCUCCUGGCUCGAAGACUCGGAAAGACUCGCAUUAUCGCCGAGACUGGUGCUGGUCAGCACGGUGUUGCUACCGCCACAGUCUGUGCCAAGUUUGGCAUGGAGUGCACAGUUUAUAUGGGCGCUGAGGAUGUCCGACGACAGGCUCUCAACGUUUUCCGUAUGCGACUGCUCGGCGCCAAGGUCGUCGCUGUUGAGGCUGGAAGCAAGACCCUUCGAGACGCCGUCAACGAGGCCCUCCGCGCCUGGGUCGUUGACCUUGAAACCACCCACUACAUCAUCGGCUCCGCCAUCGGUCCUCACCCCUUCCCCACCAUCGUGCGAACGUUCCAGUCUAUCAUCGGCCGUGAGACCAAGCAACAGAUGCUCGAGAAGCGAGGCAAGCUUCCCGACGCCGUCGUGGCCUGUGUCGGUGGAGGCAGCAACGCUGUCGGCAUGUUCUACCCCUUCGAGGACGAGCCCAGUGUUAAGCUCUUGGGUGUUGAGGCUGGCGGUGACGGUGUUGAGACAACAAGACACAGUGCUACCCUCACCGGUGGUUCAAAGGGUGUCCUGCACGGCGUGAGGACGUACGUCCUCCAGGACAAGCACGGCCAGAUCGCCGAGACACACUCUGUGUCUGCUGGUCUUGACUACCCCGGUGUCGGUCCUGAGCUGAGCUCCUGGAAGGACAAUGAGCGAGCCAAGUUCAUUGCCGCCACUGACGCCCAGGCUUUCCUCGGUUUCAGGCUCAUGAGCCAGCUUGAGGGCAUCAUCCCCGCUCUCGAGUCGGCACACGGCAUCUACGGUGCUAUCGAGCUGGCCAAGACGAUGAAGAAGGGCGAGGAUCUGGUCAUCUGCCUGAGUGGCCGUGGUGACAAGGAUGUGCAGAGCGUGGCGGAUGAGCUUCCCAAGCUGGGACCCAAGAUUGGAUGGGAUCUCCGUUUCUAA